CACACCUACUCCAUCUGAUUGCUCGCUCACUGCGUCCUACUGUGGACUGCCCAUCAUAUGCUUUUUAUCUGUGAACGUAUUAUCGCACAGCCAAUGCUACCCGAUCAGGGCACUUAUGUCGUCACAUAAUUGCAUCAGAGAGCCAUAUCUUGGCCGAUAAAUAUCACCUGCGUAUGGAUAGGGUUGGACUUAUUCUAGUACCUCCACGUGUAAAGUCAUACCUUUGUCGGAGUUGUUGGGCCGGGGUUGUUUGUGUGUUUGGGUUUAGUACCUGUCGAUUUGAAGAUCUUCAGUUGAAUCUUAAUGCAGUAACUCCUUGGUCUAUGGAUGUUGCAGAAGAAGCCACUGACUACGUCUUAUAAGACGUAAGAUGUUAGCUUGACACCAUCCGAAGGGACGGAGGGAUAAACACGCCUUCUAAUGCUUAUCACUUUCUUCCUCUCAAGGGGAGUUGAGUGACACAGUCAGUGCAUUUGUCGCAAGGAAUAUAAAGGUUCAAGUCGUCCGUAUGUCCCUUUCCUAGAGUCGAUUGGGAAACUCUUUACUGAGUUGAAGUGCAUCUAUCCCAGCAGAUCUUUCAAUAAUUUGGAUGAUAAAGGGAUCAGUCAUCUUGAUGUUUGGUUUGUUAGUUGGAGAGGGAGAGCUAGAAGUACUAUAUCUCCAUGGUAGUUGGAUCUGAACCUUUUUUACGGUAGAGAGAGUUUACUUUUCUUACCAAGUCAUCAUGGGAAUCAUAGCUGUUCUUGAUAUGCUUUGUUGCUGCUGUGAAGGAUGGAGACGGAAACUCAAGAACUCUGAGUCCACUACAGCUAUAGUUCAGUCGCCUCUUAAAUCUCCUGCAAGAUCCCCAGCCAGACAUCAUCAUAAACGGUCAGCUAGUACUCCAUCAGAGAGAAGCUUUCAUUUCUUGGUUACUAAUCCUGUAGGGAGAACGGAGCUAAGACACGUACAACCCGGCACAGACCCCUAUUAUAGCGAAGAAGAUAGUCCAUCAUCUGCUGAGGAAGUGUCUAAAUCAAGCGAAGACAUUCGUAGGAACACACUAUCAGCGCCCCCAACGCCUGAACGAAUCCGGAAAAGAAGUCUAGAGUCAGUCCGAUACUCCUGUGAGCUCGGUCAAAUUCAACCUGAGCUUUAUGUGACUGAGGAUACGGGUAAAAGUAAACCACUUCUUAUAAGUAGCGGCAAGAAGAAUAAGAAGGAUGAAGAAGUUGCUGAAGAAGCUUAUGGUACAAUCUCAAUUGCUAUCAAGUAUGAGCAACACAGACAAAGGGUCACAGUUCACCUCUACAAUGUUACUGACCUUCCGGCCAAAGGUCAACGAGAAGGCGUUGAUGCUGUCGUCCAUGGCUGCCUCCUUCCCGAUGAGAAGCUCAACCUCAAAUCCAAAAUCAUAAAGGAUACCCUCAACCCCAUAUUUGAUGAUACUAUGGAAUUCCCUGUCGACCCCUCCAAGGACUUUUCCUUGCAAGCUUUGAGAUUGUCUGUUUUCGAUUCUGAGAACUGUAGUAAGAUUUGCGCUAUUGCACAUACCAUUAUACCCUUAACCGAUUGUGAUAUGGAUGGAAAACAGAAAGAAAUUAAGAAGAAACUUCAAAAGAAAGCAGAGAUGGUUGGAGAUUUAGGUCGCCUGUAUCUAUCGCUAGCAUAUCUCCCAUCUCAGGACAGACUUUCUUGUUUCAUCGUAAGAGCGAGAGGUCUCGUACCAGAGAAAGGAACUAGUCAAGACAAUCUAGAAACUUACGUCAAAGUGUGCCUCAUGUGCACAAGUGAAAAAGUCAAGAGUCGUCGGACACCAUCUUCGCGGGGUACCAUCGACCCUGUGUUCACGGAGUCUCUGAGUUACGUCUUACCAAUGUCCUUCAUGGAAGAUUCAUUUCUGCUCAUUCAGGUUAUGCAGAAAGGUCACAACUUCAAGAAAGAUUCUGUAAUCGGGCAGUUAAUUCUUGGUCCGUAUACUUAUACACAGGGUCGGAGUCUAAGUCACUGGGGGAAGAUGCUAAGCACACGUGAGGCGUCUAAACAAUGGCAUGCUUUGUACUUGUAAAAAAGCUUCGUAUGUUUAUUAUUAUGUAGAGUGUAAAAUAGACAUAUUCAUUUUAAUUUACCCCUGCUUCGUUCUUAUGAAGUUUUGAGAACUGUUGAGCUUUGGUGCUCGAGGCACUUCGGGCAUGUUGAAAUAUUAAGCCAAUUGACUAAACAUUAAUGGAACCCGAACCGUACCUUCGAAAUAGGCUCUAGCCUUUUUCUAAAAUGGAAUAUUUCCAACAGAGGGCGCUAUACAAGCUUACAGUACUAUCAUGUUGGAAGUGUGGCGUCCAGCUGUUAUCUUUGAAGACAUUUGUUGUAAAGUCAGAUCCUAUCGUUGUAUACGAUCAAAAAGUUCAAAACGUCCCCCAGAAAUAACGAUUUAAAAAAUACUCAAGACGCCCCAAAGAGGCAAUGAGUCUGACCACUAUAAAGCAGUGUAAUAUUGCGAGUGCUUUGUCGUUUAAGGUGGGUGCUUCACUGGAUAAUGAAUACAAAGUCGUAAUUGUUAAAAGUGAUAACAAAAAAAUAAAAAUAAAAGUAUUUUAAAUAAGCAAAAUAAGUGUUGUGUUGGUUCCAAGAUAUGAUAAACUGAAAAGAGGAAAACACCAUCCUUAAAAACAAAACUUGAUGAUACAAAUGGUAAUGCCUACAAAUGGUAAUGCCAUUGUAACAGUUGCUACAAUUAGCGAUCCAUAUUAUCUGUACAUACUACCAACAUUUGUGGCAAUUCACAUUUGGCUGCUUUAAUGUUAACCGAAGACGUUAAUACCAAUGCCUUUACUGUAAUUUAAAUUGAUACAGGCUUCUUAUUGAAAACAGUAAGCAUCAUUGACUAUGACAUGCGACUGUCUUUACUUAAUCCUCCUCCCAAUAUCAGCAUUUUGUUAUCAGCAUUUUGUUAUCAGCAUUUCCAUGCAUCAAUUUAUGAACACUGUAAGAAGGCCUGUGAGAAUGUUUUGGUUCUAUGGAGAGGCAGUGCAAGAAAGGGUUGUGCAUUGAGUGUUGUGUCAUGUGUGAAAGUGAUGUAGUCAUAAUCGAUGACAUCGGUGCUAAUUCAAACACCUUUAUAAGUUAACGCCCCAUCAUAGAGCUAAGUGGAGACGAAACAUUGGAAGCACACCUCUGUUUGAGCGAGGCACAUGAGUAUCCAUUUUUAGCUAGGGUGUUAGGGCGCUCUCUCCAGUGAGGUCAAAAUAAGCUUUAGGAAAUGUUCGGGUUCAAAAUUGCGUACAUUGCAUUUUGUUUCAUUUACCAAUGUGCAAUUGAAAUGAAUUCCCCACUAUUUUCUAGCACGCGAGAGAUUUGUACCAUGUAUUCUCGGAGUGAGUUGCGAGUGUAUAAAAGAAAAGGAAGUAGAGCGGAUGAUGGAAUGCGAAGCACGUGCUUACUGAGGUGUGGAAGUUGAAAUGAGCUGAGCUGAAAAGGGUUUGACUGGCGCCACCAAAUUCCGUUGGGAUCUUAACUGUUAGAACAGAUUCACAAAGAAUAGAAUUGCCUUGAAGUCAUUCAAAUUCAAUGGGUUCAUUGACAAGAUUAUAAACGCCACCCAAAUUAUAAGGCAGACCUAUUUAAAGGAGAAUAAUUGUACGUCAAUGUCUGACGUAACUCGUUUACUGUGUUAUGUCUCUUGCGUUCAAGGAAUGCUGGACUGUUUGACAGUGUCAUGGUUUUACUGAAUUUUAGUUUAUUUCAAUAUACAUUGUAAGGUCUCCUGCUUCCUGCUCUGCUGAAUUUUGUAGGAAAUAAUAAUUCCACUUACGAGGGACCUGACUAUGUUUACCCCAGCCUCGGUUUGAAAGCAUGGAUGUGUACAUACAAUGGUGGUUGCAGAAAGAACGGCUGCUUAUGCCAGUGCAUGUACUGUAGCUAAGAUGUGGUUCGGUGUUGCAUGAAUGUUCCAACUUGAGAGAGCGUUGAUUCAAUGGUAAGUCAGGCUGUAUUGAUCUAAUAGUGAAGUCGUGUGUUAGGUCUGUGAAGUGUGUACAGCUACGUUUAAGUAUUAGGGGGCAUGCAGUGGUUUUAUACAACUCCCCGUUUUGAACUCGUUGGAAUUCAUUCUCUAAAUCCAUAGUUGGAUAAGGUGUCAAUUUAAUUAUUUGUUUUUAAAUAAAAAAUAAACCGUCAUGACUUAAGCCCAAAUCCAUGGCCAUGCCAAAACCCACCAAACCAACCAAAAAUACACAACAAAUAAACCGUCAUGACUUAAGCCCAAAUCCAUGGCCAUGCCAAAACCCACCAAACCAACCAAAAAUACACAAAAAAUAAACCGUCAUGACUUAAGCCCAAAUCCUAGGCCAUGCCAAAACCCACCAAACCAACCAAAAAUACACAACAAAUAAACCGUCAUGACUUAAGCCCAAAUCCAUGGCCAUGCCAAAACCCACCAAACCAAC